UUCCCUUUAGUUUCAUUGUAUUAAGGGACUGCACCUCAGCCACGCUGCAAAAGCCACUUGACAUGACUUGCACAACACACAACAGACCCACUGUUUCUUACUUGACUACAAUGUCAAUUCAAAAUUGCAUCUAUUGAACUACUUGCGUAGGGAAGAUUAUGCGACGCGCACACUGUUUCCAGCUGCUUUGGUGCAAUUGGCGGGAGUCAGGGGAGCUUGCGGCUUGUGCGAAAAAGAUGGCACGCCCACUGCCCGGCACUCCGCGACCAUGCCGAGCUCGGGCUUGACGCGAAUUCCUGCAGAAUGCAGAUCCAGCCUAUUCACGUCCUCUUAGUUUUCGGGCUGCUCUCUGUUAGCAGUGUUCUGGGGCACAGCACGCGUGUGCAUACGCGCCGGCUGGCAGAAACCGGGAACCCGCCCAGGGGCAGUGGAGUGCCAGCCUCCAUAAUUCAGCCCCCACAGAUCCCUCAAAGCCAGUUGGGACCUCUUUAUGGUAAUCGCACGCCCGGCUGGCUAGCGCUCGGCUUGCUCUCCCAGCGCAUUACCCUUGCGGAUACUGGCGGUAGCGGCAGCAGUAGCAGCAGUAGCUUCCUGGACGCCUUAGGCCAGCCAGUGCGCUGCGAUGAGGCCACCCUCUCGGGCGCCGAAUUCAGUAGCUUGGCACUGCCUCAGCGACCUCGCGAUUUGACGGUGGUAGUUGAGCUGGAGCUGAUGCCAUCCGGGUCCUCAGCCGGGCAGGCAGCAGGAGCGGCGGCGCAGCCACCCACUGUGUCCACGGGCGUCGCCUCUGGCACGCGGCCGGGGGAGCUGCGUGAGCUGAUCCGAGUAGGCGGUCUUCACGUGCAGUGGGACAUCAGCGCAGACCGAGUCAUACUGCGGGACGCCAGGAACCCAGAGUCCACGAUUGCCGUGGCAGCUCCCACUGCAGCUGUGGGAGCGGCUGAACAGCACGUGCGGCUGUCCAUCAGCCGACGACACUCAGAUGCUGCCCUGGCUGUGUGCGUGGAUGGCAGCCCCGCGCGCAUGCUGCAGCGCCCUUCCACGGUUGUCCCAAUGACGCCGGGGGCGCCGGACGGCUGGCUGGUGGGCACCGCUCUGGGGGCCACGUGGACCCUGGAGCCGGUGUUGCCGCUGCUGCUGGCAACGACGUCGCCGCCGCAGGAGCUGCCGCCUCCAGGGGAUGAGGCAGUGGUGGUGCUGGGCGUUAUCGGCAGUGACGGCGGCGGCGGCGAUGGCAGCAACACGGCGUUGCCGCUGACCGCGUUAGUGGAGCAGGUCUGGCUGGUCACGGCGGCGUGGGGCUGUGCCGAUGCAGCGGCGGCCUUGCUGCUCAGUGGUCCGACAGCGGGCCCCGCCAGCGAAGGGGCUACGGUCAGCAACCACAGCAGUAGCGCCAACGACCUGGGCAGGAGCAGCAACACCACCGGGGACGGUGUAGCGGACAUCGUACAACAGGCAGCCCCAUCAAGUGCUGCCGCGCCGAGCUACACCAACAGCCUGCCAAUACUGGCGGCGUGGGGCGUGGUGCCUGAGGGCGGAGGCACGGGCGCGGCAGGGGAGGCGUUUGUGGGGCAGCGCGUGCAGGUGGCGGCCGCGGUGACGGACGCGGACGGCGACCCGCUGCGGCUGCGGCUCACAUUCUUUGGUGUGCCGCCCAGCGACUGCUCAACGGCAGAAUGUGGCAACGAGGUCGUGACGGCGGAGGGUGCCGGCGGGCGAGUGGAACUCAGCCAGUCGGUCGUUUACGAGCUGCCGGGUCGGUACGUUGUGCGGCUGGAGGCCUCGGACGGCGGCGGCCACGUGGCGGCGUGGGACUGGGCGGUCCUGGUGCGCAAGACGGGAGACACGCAGCGCCUUGCGCCCUGUUGCAGGUCUACGGGCAUGGUCAUCGCCGGUCAAGACGGCCGGCCUGUGCACAGCACCCGCUUCCGCGACCCCGCUGUGGCCCGGCUGGCGGCGGGGCUGGGCUGGAGUGCCGCCUACCUGCAGGGCCAGGAGGAGCUGGAGUCGGAGCGGCUGUUUGACUUUGGGCUGCUGGCGCCAGCACACAACCCAGGAGGCGUGCGGCUGCGGCGCUGUGUGGACGUGUUCCUGGCUGGGCCCGGCUCGCCGCGUGUGCUGGGCGGCUCGGAGCGGCAGCGGCAUAUCACCACCGGCGCCAACAAGCGCAUGCUGAUUGUGCCGCAGGGAUUCAGCUGGGGUGAAGCAGCGGCGGCGGCGGACCCAACCACGGCGCCGGCGUGUGAGUCGCACUGGUCGCAGUGGGCCGGCUCCUCGCCCUAUCGUCGCAGCGUCGGCGCGCAGCCGGACGGGUCGCCCGCCUACUGCUCGUUCGCCUGCACGCGCGACGGCACACAGUGGCUCCGCUCCGUGGCGGGCCUCACGGACCGGCUGGCAGAGGCGCUGGCGGAGCUGAGCUACGGCCGCCUGAGCUUCAACGCCUGGAGGCCGGUGGUGACUGACACGCUGCUGAUGCCGCAGAACACCAGCGGCUAUGACGCCUUCUCCUAUAGCGGCGCCGGCCUGGGGGAGCACCUGCAGCGCCAGCUGCAGCAGCUGGUGGGUCAAACGGCUACCACUGCCACCCCUUCCACCUCUUCCUCCCCCUCUUCCUCCUCCUCUUCCUCAACCUCCGGACUGGCGGCAUCCCUCUCAGCGGACACUUCCCUAAAUGGCAGCGGCUCCGCCGCCGCCGCCGCCACAGCCACCGCAGUUGCGGCUGCAGCCACACCCUCAGCUGCCGCGGCGGCGGCCACCGCUGCAGCUCUGGCCUCCGGCUUCCACACCACGUUGGUGCUGUCGCCGCAGCCGCCGCGCUCCGUCAACCCAGGCUACACGGCCUGGUCGGCGGUGGGGUCGGGGACGGCGUUUGUGAUGCGGUGCGCGCCGCAGCUCUACUACAUGAUACACGAGAUUGGGCACCUUCUGGGCCUGCCGCACGCCGGCAUGUGGAGGCUGGACAACGCCACACAGGCGCCUGUGGACCCGGCCGGCCCAGGCGGCCCCGUGGACGACUACAGCGACAAGCUGGACAUGAUGGCGUGCUGCCGGGGUGACUUCGGCGCGCUCUCCAGACUAUGGCUGGGCUGGCUUCCCUACCCCGAAAGACAGCACAUACCCAUCACAACCUUGCAGCAGCCCACCGCCGCCGCCGCCCCAGCAACCCCCGCCGCAGCCCCGCAGCCGGUAGGCCCUACCUUUCCCAGCGCAACAAGCGGCAGUAGCACUACAGCUGCUGCUGGCGCUGCUACAGCCGCCGCCUGCUCUCCCGCCUCGUCGCCGCGGGGCUGCAGCUACAGCCUGUGGCCUCUGGACCGGGCUGAGUCGCGCGGGCAGCUCAAGGCGCUGACGCUGAGGCUGGGGGCGGGGGAGGCAGUGGUGCUGUCGUACAAGAGCCUGGCGUGGUGGCAGGACGUUCGGCUGGGCCGUGACGGCAGCGAUGUGCCUGGCGGCGGCUCAGGAGGCGGUGCUGCGCCGCCGCCGCCUCCUCCCGACCGCGGCUCGCUCACGGCGGACGAGUCGCGCCUGGCUCUGGGCCCUGGCCUGAGCCUGGAGUACAUGAGGCUGGUGACGGACCCCGACACCGGCCGGCCGUCAUGGACUCCGCGGGGCCUGCUGGACAUGAAUGUGUUCUUUGGCGAGUGGCCAGCGGCGCUGCCGCGCACUGCCGGGGCGCUACCGCCCGAGCCAGCCAAGAGCGCCUUUGCGCUGCUGCGGGAGGGCCAGGCCUGGAUACACACGGCGGGUGGAGGGGGAGGAGGAGGCAGUAGCGGCAGUAGCAGCAACAGCAGCGGCUCGGCUGCUACUGCCGCCGCGGGGCUGCUGGUCGUCGUGCAGCGGGAGACUGAUUGUGACAUGCCGCCCGAGCUGCCCGUGCACACCUACCCCGUCCCCAACUUCUACGGCUUCAGAGGGGAACCUCCUGGCGCCGAGGCCUGGCGCCGCGCCGAUUACGGCGGCUAUGCCGCUGGCCUGCGCUGCCUGCGGGUGGCAGUGCGCGCCGGGGUUCCACUGCCAGCAGCGCCGUCGGCCGCUGCCGGCCCUGGCGCUGGCGAAGGCCCCGGCAAGCUGCGUGUGCGUGUCACGGCGGUGGCCCCGGCCCCAGCAUCCUCGCCUGAUGCGACCGCGUCUCCCCCGGACGCGCAGCAGCAGCAGCAGCAAGCCGCUGUAGACCUGAGGGGUGGCUGCGGCUUCCCGCUGCUGCCCCGCCUGCGCCUGCUUGUGUCCGCAUCAUCCGGCGCAUCCGCCGGCGACACUGGCAGCAGUGGCAGCAGCGACAGCACCAGCAGCACCAGCGGUGGCAGCAGUAGCAGCAGUAGCAGCAGUAGCAGCAGCGGCGAUGAGGGCCUGCCUGCCGGGCUGGCGGCGGUGGUGUGGAAGGACCCACUGAACAUCACCUUUGCCGCCGACACCCUUACCGCCACGCUCCCGCCCUUCUCAGACGGCUGGGUGCGGGAGGCCGCAGCGGCCGACAGCCCAGCCUGCGCCUACGGCUGCGAUGCCGCCUACCGGGUCCGGCUGGUGUCAUGGGACGGCGCGCAGACGCUGGUGGUGAUUCGAGUGGUGGAGGUGACGCUACGCCACUACCUGCUGCACAUCAGCUACCGGCACCACCUGCUGCAACGCAUUGACACCGAGUCGGAGGUCGUGUACCUGCCGCUGCUGUCUCCCGUGGCACCGCUGCCGGCGGCGGCGCCGCCGUCGGCAGCGCCAGUGACGGCCGAUGGAGAUAGCAGCGGCGGCAGCAUGGUCGGUGGGAGCGGGCCGGCGGCGUGGGGUAUGCAACUGCUGGGGGAUGCGCAGGGGCCGCAGCGGCUGGGGGGCCAGGCGGUGGUGUGGCGGGCGGAGCAGCUGCCGCCCACUGGCUGCAGCGGGCAGUGGAGCCUCACACUGCUGUUGCAGCUGGAACCGCUACCGGCGGCUUCCGGCUCAGCAGCCGCAGGUGCCGGCCGCACACACCUGGCGUCCAUCUUCGCUCCAGACCCGGCCUCGACCUUAACCUCCGGCGGUGCACCUGCGAGCAGCGGCAGCGCUACCGGUGCGGAGGCGCUCGGCUGGCCGUCCCUGUGGCUGGUGGUGAACGGCAGCACGGGCGACGUGAGCGGCGGGCCGGCGGCGCUGUGGCUGGUGGCAGCACUGGGCCAGGCGCGAGAGGCGGCGGUGCCCCUGCAACCGCCGCAGCCCGCACAGCGUGACAAGUCGGGCGUUGCCAGCGCGUCCCCCUCCGCCCGCCGCCGGCCCUACCACGUGGCCCUCGUGUACGACCACGGCCGCCUGGGGCUGUGGGCUGACGGCGUGGGCGCCUGGCUGUGGCGCGACGCGGCGUGUGUCCCGCCGCGCCCCGGCGUCACCUACUGCGCCGCCCGCGCUGGCGCCGCCGCGCCUGUAGGAGGACUGGCGAGUGACGGCGGCGUGCUCAGCGGCGCUCGGCUGCUAGGUGACGCGAGCGGCGGCUCUUCGUUGUCAUCCGGCGGCGCUCCAGCUGCGUCGUUGCUGGGCGAGGGCUCUCAGCUGCUCUCCGCGCGCCUCUACAACUACGCCCUGCCCCGUGCCGAGUUUGGGGCGGAGGCGGAGUGCCUCGCUGCCGGCCUGCAACAGCCGCAGCGACGGACGCAGCAAGGCAGCAGCAGCAGCAGCAGCAGCAGCAGCAGCAGCAGUCCUGCUGGCGACGGUGCCGCGCGCGGGGUCUGUGCACAGCGAUUUGGCCUGCGCGCGCCCGCGGGCCCGGCAGACGCAGACGCAGACGCAGCCCCGACGCCCAUCGCGCCGCCCGCAGCAAUCGCAGCGGGCCCCGUGGCGCUUCCGCUCACCGGUACCAGCGGCCAGCCGGAGUGGGACCCCUUCCUCGCCGCUGCCGCAGUUGCGCAGCAGCAGGCGGCGCCGUCUCAAGCCACAAGCACCACACCAGGAACCCAAUCCGCAGGCUCAACUGCCCAGGCACAGAAUGCCCCGGCCAGGCCAGCAGCCGCCACUGCCAGCAGCAGUAGCAGCAGUAGCCUGCCCAGUGCUCUGGCUUGGAGCUACGUGCUGCGUGUGGGCGCGUGGUCGGCCUGUAGUGCGCCGUGCGGCGGUGGCGUGGCCGUGCGGAGUGUGCUGUGCUUCCGCGCCACUGCGAUGGGGCCCUGGCCGGUGGCACCUGACGACUGCGCAGCACGCAGCGUCACCAUUGGUGGCGGCGCUGCCGGGGACAGCGCUACGGCGGCAGCGGCUUUGCCAGCGGCCGUCAUGGCUUGCAACACACACGCUUGCCCGGCGACGCGGGUGGAGCUCGGCCGCGCCCCCGGGCCCGACCCGUGCCUGUCCACAGCUGCGGGAGCAGGUACGGCAGCUGGUGCAGCAGCUGCUGAAGGUGCAAACGAGCAGGCUGGGUGUCAGCAGCAGCAGCAGCAGCAGCAGCAGCAGGCGGGCGGCUCCUCUGCCGGGGGGCUGCUUCUGCAGCCGAUCUGUGUGGCGGGCGACAACUGGUUGCUGCCACUGGCGGCGUGCGCGGAUGCAGCAAGCAGCAGUAAGCAGCCGACGGAUGGCUCCGGCCACGUGCUGCUACUCGAUGCUGGUGUUUCCGGCGACAGCAGCAGCACUGCUGCGCGGCGGAACACCUCAGCAGCCGCCACGCCACAGCUGUGGGGAGCAGGGACAUCAAGCGGACAGGCUGCUGCCGCUGCCGGCCCUGCACUACUGAUUGUGGGUGAGGCUGCCUGGAGUACCCUGCCGGUGGCGAAGCCGGCGGGCGGCACUGGCGGCAGUAGCGACGCCAACAACAAUGCGCAGAAAGCACCAACAACACGCAACCUGUCGGCACAAUCAACGCCGGCAGCACUCCUCGCAGAGGCCACCAGCGGGGUUACUAGCGACGCGGACGGGGCGCCUUUCAGCCUGCAGCAGGCCUUGCUUGCAGGACAGCUGCAGCGGCCAUGCGCGGCGGGUGCGCCGGCGGGGUCUGCGACAGCCCCGCCGUGCGCGGUGGUUGCAGAGCCCGCCGGGCAGGGGCAGCGUGAGCCUGCAACCGCGCAGCAGCAGCAACAGCCGGCGCAACGCCUUAAAUGGCGGUACGGCACUUGGGGCGCUUGUUCUGGUGGCUGUGAGGGAACACGCUCGCGCAGGCUAACUUGCGUGAACGCCACGGCAGCCAACAGCACAAGCGGCAGUAGCGGCAGCCCGCAGCAGGCGCCCAUGCCCCUUUGUGAGGCCGCGUUGGGCCUGCCGCCGCCGCAGCUACUCACUCAGCCGUGCACGCGUGGCGGCCCGUGCGCCGAUCCGUCGACGUUGGCAAGCGCCGGGGCCGCUGGCACCGGCCGGGGCGACGGCAACGAUGGCAACGCGGCUGCGGGAGACUGGGUUGCUGCCGAGGUGCGGGUGCCGCUGCUGAGCCCCUGGUCGGGCUGCCGGGCAGCCAGCAGCUCUGUGCUGGGCUUUGGCACGGCAUCCCGCAACCUCCUGGGAUGCGUUUCCAUCGGCGGCGGUGGGGACAGCUCCGGCGGCGGCAGCGGCAGCGGCAGCAGCGCAGCAGCGGGCUCGUGUGGGCCCUGGCAGGCGCGUGCUGCAGACAUGGCCUUGCCACCGCCAGCUACUGGAGGUAGCAGCAGCGGCAGCAAUGCGAACAGCCCCACCAACGGCACCAACGGCACCAACGGCAGCAGCCGUGGCUCAGAGUGGUUAACGCUGACGACGUCUUCUGUAUGUCAGUUGCCUGUCCCGUUCCAAGGACUCUGCCAGUUGCCGCUGCUUGUGCAGCAGGGCGAGGCGCCGUGCUUCGGAAACGGCGUUUGCACUUACGCAGGCUGUGUGUGUGACCCGGGCUUUGGAGGUCAGCUGUGUGAGGUCCGGCUGGCACCCAGCACCACAGCCGCGCCGAUGCCUGCGAGUACGAGUGCAGCUGCGGCGAUCCUCAGCAACCCACCGGCGGACGACUUCAGCAGCAGCGGCGGCGGCACAGCCCAGCCCUCCCAAACCCUGAGCUCAGCUGCCGCAGCUGCUCCUGCUGCUACCGACGGGUACUGCCCCAGCGGCGUUCUGGAUGCAGGGGGUCACUGCUGCGCCUCUGGGGUAAUGGCUGCGGAUGGGACCUGCUGCAGCGGCGAUGGGGCUGACGGCGGUUUCGGAGUUGGCAGUGGUGGCCGGAACGUGAUGCUGGAUGGCGCGGGGCGCUGCUGCGUCGGCGAUGUGGUGGACGCGUGCGGCGUGUGCGGCGGCUCGGGCACGGCUGUGGACGUGCGGGGCGUCUGCUGCUCGGGCCGCCUGGACCGCUACGGCGUCUGCUGCGCCGGCGGCGGCCUCCUGCUGGAUGAGUGCGGCGUGUGCGGCGGUGACAGCACCACAUGCGCCCUGCGGCUGCAGCUGCGGCUCCGCCUGAACCUGGACCUCAGCGCAAGCCUGCUGGCAGCACAAAGCCUAACACGCGGCAGCAACACCUCUCACAUGGCGGGGGAUGCGGCGGCGGCGGUUAUGCUGUCACAGGCGUCCGCUACCCAGGCAGCGGCUGCCGCGGGGCCCUGGUGGCGGCCGCUGGCGCCUCCGGCUCAGGGUGCCCCGGGCGGCGCGCCAGGCGCGCAGGGCGGCACAGCCGCAGCCUUGGCAGCGGCAGCGGUACCUCCCACGGCGGCCAUAAGCAGGUCAGCAGCGCAGCUGCCUGUGGCACUGUUGCCGACUGCAGAUGCGGCCCUGAUGCGGCUGCUGCGCCUCGCGCUAGGGCCGUCGCAGGAGCCCCUGCAGCUGCAGCUGCGCUCAGCUGUCCUGGCCGCUGCCGCCGUGUCACAACCUGCUGCCUCUGCAGCCACAGCAGGCAGCGUUGUAACAGCAGCGCGGCAACUGCUGCAGGCGCCUGGAACGGCAGACUCAGCCCAGCAAAUGAGUCAGUCGCAGGCGAAUGCGGCCGCGGUUUUGCAAACGGAGGUGCUGAUAACGUAUGACAUUUUGUACGCCAUGGAACCGAACGCGAGUGUGCAGCAACCGGAUAGCACCAAUGCCAGCACUGACGCCAGAGACGAAUUCAUGUCAGCGGGUGGGGACAAGAACUGGGGUCCACUUGCUCCCUACAACUUCACAACCACGGCGAUCGCGCUUCGGGUACAGGUCCUGAGCAACGUGCUAGCAGCCGCGUCUGCCGGCGAAAGGGCUGCUGCUAUCGCAGCGGCCGCCGCUUUCCCGCCGUUGCCUGCUGCACCGUACCCUGCUCCAGCUCUUGCCACAUCAGCUCCUACAGUUGCAAACAUCCAGUCAGGUGGGGGCCCCAUCGGAGUCGCCUCGGGGUCUGCUGCAGCUGCGCCCCUCGCCUCUAGCAGUGACGGUGGCGUGAGCAGCACCGGCGAUGGUAGUGUUGUUGGGAGCAACGGCGGCGGCACCUGGGGCAGCGGCGGCUCCGAAGAGUUUGUGGGUGGCGGGUACUUCGUCGUCAGGGAACAGCCGCUGGGACAGCUCCAGCAGCGAAGCGACCAGCACCCGCAGGCGCACAGCGAGGCUCUGAAACAGCGGAGCCACCUGCCUCGACAACAGCUCGGCGCCGCCGCAGCCGCCCCGGGGUCGCACGCGCUGCAGCGUCAGACGAGGCAGCAUCACCGCCGCCGCCAUCUGACACAGGCGGCGGGCGGAAGCGGCGUCGCCCCUCCACCAGCGCCGGCUGCAGCAGCCGCGCCGCAAACAUCGCCUCCCAGCAACGCAAGUAAAACCAGCAUCGCCUCGGCUGCACUCACUCCGGGAGCGGCAGCUACGCCUGUGCUGCCGCCGGUCCCCAACUUGUCUGCAGCGGACAAGGCUGCUGUCAUCGCCUUCGGGCUGCUGCAGCUGAGCAGUCUGCAGCUGGCGGGGCUGCAGCGGCGGGGCGUGUGCGGGAACGGGGUGUGCGAAGUGGGCGAGAAGGCUGCCACCGCCGCCGUGGCUCCUGGAUCCGCUGCUCCGUAUGCAUCCAUGUCGGCAUCGACCUGGGGCGCUCGCAGCUCGACAAGUGGUGCGGCUGUGGCGGCAGGGUGGCAGGCGGUGGCGGUGGCGGGCUAUGGAGGAGCGGCCGGCGUUGACGUGGGCGGAUUGUAUGAGGACGAGUGCGCCGCCGACUGCCCGCUGCAGCUGCGCGCCUGCCCCGCCGGCAGCCGCACCGGCGGGGCGGGCGAGGAUACCAACCGUGGGCUUCAGCAGUGCAGCGGGCGCGGCGUGUGCCUGAUUGCGUCCGGCGCCUGCGAGUGCUUCAACGGGUACACGGGUGACGCCUGCGACGCCUGCGCUCCCGGCUUCUGGCGCUCGACCGCCGCCGCCAGUGGCGACGGCGCCUGCGUGCGGCAGUACGUGCGCGGCAUGACACUGCCGCAGUGGGACCUGCUGGGGGCCAGCAGCCGCCAGCCGCCGGAGAAGGGACUGCUGCAACACCCUGUGGCUCUGCCGAUGCUCGUGAUCGGUAGCGCGCUGGUGGCGCUGGUGCUGGUGGCGCUGGGCGUGUGGCUGUGGCGCAGUGGUGCGCUGGCGGCAAUGUGGCGCAGCAAGCGUGUGGCCGCCGCAGACGUCGCCUCACCCGCCCGCGUCAAGCCGCACCCUGCCAGCCCGGCGCGGCACACGCCGCCCUCCGGUGCUCGGGACCAUCUCCCACGCAACGGCCACACCCGGGCCGUGCAGGUGGUGCCAUACACGCCAGAGCGUGUCGCGGCCGCGGCAGCAGCGGCAGAGGCACUGGCAGCUGCCGCCGCAGCAGCAGCUGUGGGGAUCACACCGGGGGGCUCGACGCCGCCAUCCGGGCAGCCGGGCAGUCGUGCCAAGUUGCGGAAUGGGUGGCUCAGUCCCAAUCCUGGGGACUGGCUAGCGCCGCGGCGGCUGUUUGCGGGAGACGACUGCGAGACUAGCCCGGAGGGCAAUGUGCGCGGCGCUGGAAUACCUGGCGGUGGGCGUCGCGCGGACGGUAGUGUGGGAGGAGCCAGAGGUCACCGUGCGGUGCGGCGGGCGCUGCUGCAUGUGGACGCGACAGGCAGCGACUGGCUACAGCAGCCACAGCAGCCACAGCAGCCGCCGCAGCCGCACCAUCCGCCGCCACCGCCACUGCUGCCGCCCGAGUCGCAGCGUGGUGGUGGAUACGGCGGCGGUGAGGCGGCGGCUGAUCUGAUGGUGGCGAAAGCUGCAGGGCUGCCGGCGGACAUGUCGCCAUCGUCCUCCCCACUGCACCAGCACCUGCAGCAGCAGGAUGGGUGUCCUCCUCAACGGCAGCACCAAGCCGCCGCAGCCGCAGCGCCAGCCGCAGCCGCCGCAGCCGCAGCAGCCGCAGCAGCCGCAGCCGUGACCGCCUCGCCGGCACGGGCUGCCGGGCCCCUGGCUGGCCCCCGGCCAGUGCAGCUGCCGGUGCCACCGGUGGCGGGCCGCGGGGGCCAUGGCGUGCCUGGUCGCAGUCACCCGCUGCCGCCUGGGCAUCCCAGCAGUCACGCAGUGACCGGCGCAUUGUCGCAGUCGUACAACGCCCGGCCGGGCUCUGUGCAGCUUCAACCGCAGCCCAACCCGCAGCCGCAGCCGCACGCCGCUGCCGCCCCGCCCAGCUCCAGGUUGUCCCAUCGCGCCCUGCUAGGCGCCAUGCCGUGGCUGCAUCAGGCCGCGAGGCAUGCCGCGAGGGGCGGUGGUGGACUGACUGGUGUGGGCGGCGGUGCCACGGGUGCCGGAGGUGCCGCAGGUGCCGGCGCUCCCGGCGGCGGCCCUGGGAGUGCUGGUGGGCGCGCUAUUGGAGAAGGCGUGGAGGCAACAGCUGGAACCCGGGCAGCGCGUGCUGCUGCCACAAGCAGUGCUGCGCGCGCCGGCCAAGCCUGCGAUUUGAUUCACCCAGGGCCACCGGCCGCAGGUGUGGCGGCGCCAGGGGGCGCCCAUGCGCCGGUGCUGCAGCUCUCUGGCUCGCCGCCGGCGCGGCCCGCCCACCACCCCGGCGUCAGUCGUGUGCGGCACUCCCGCCAGAUGCACGGCGGCCCCAGCACCUACCCGGAAAUGCAGGCACCUCAGGAUCGGCCUCAACCACUGCCGCCGCCGCCGCCAAAACAGCCGCCGCCGCAAUCCCUGCUGUGUGCCUCCACGGAGAGCACGUGGUCGCAACCCGGCGAGGCGCCGCCACAGCAAGGCGGCCCCGGAGGCAGCGCCCCACUCGACAAGCCGCAGCUGCUGCAGUGGUGCAACCCUCUGGCGGCGGCCGCGGUGCCGGCGCCAGCGGUGCUGCAGCGCUCGCCAGCCGCUGCAACUGCUGCUACGGCGCGGCAUGCGCACCCUGGCAGCCAGUCGCAUGACGCCAUGUGCUCACCUCCUCCCCCACGACGUCCCGCCGCCCCCGCCCCGGGGCCCUCCCCCGCUUUUGCGGCAGCUGCUGGUGGUGGCGUCGCGUCAUCGGCUGUUGCUGCGUCCACAGCCUUAACCUCUUCCGCCGCCGCGGCACAAGCGGCGGGUGCCGCUGGCGUCACUGUGGCGCCGUCGCCGCGUGUGGCGGCUCUCCGAGGUCAGCGCAGCGGUGGCAGCAGCGGAGGCGGAGGCAUCGGUGGGAUGGGGGAUGACAGCCUGGUAGUCAAGAGCCCGCGCAGCACGCCGGUAGUGGCACGGCCAAUGCACACGCCCAGGUAUAACCAAAACGGAUAGGCGGCGGCCGGGCACACAGGGAUUGGGUGUGUCCUGGCAUUCAUAUCUUCAUUCGAGCAGUGCAUCUCAUUCGAGCAGCGCAUCUGGCAGGCUGCUGUUGGCAGGUUUCUAUUCUGCAAUGGUACGGGCACGUGGCUUUUGACGUGGCGUGCAGCGGGCUGACUGCGCGGCGGAAAGUGGAUCCUUGACAGGUGGCUUAAGCAUACAUACGGCAGACAGGACUGCAGCAGGGACGUGGGCGUGGGCCCUUGAUGACAAUGAUAAUGACCCGGUGCGCUGACCGGACGUGUCGCAAGACUGUCCCUACCAGUGCUCUGUAUAACGUUGCAGGUGGCGACCGUGGGUGGCGACAGGUACCUUAUUCAUCGUUUGUAGCAGGAGAACAUGCACAGUGUGGGACGACAUCAUCGUAGGCUUUGAUCACUACGCCUAGGGGUGAGGGAGGAGGCAGGGGGCGCGGGGCAGGGGUGAAGAGGCCGCGUAAGGCGGGUGAGGCGAGUGAACGGCCGCGCCUGCCCAGGUCGUUGAUGUAAGUAAUUGACAGCGGAUGGUACAAUGGUCAAUCUGUGUAACAUGCUAUGCCG